UAUUCACGCAGCAGCACCAUAUUCGGCUUUUACCGCGAGGAUCAGGUGUCUCAGCUUGGAGAACGAUGCAACGUUAGACGGCUUAUUACUUGGCCAGGAUCCCGUUUUCUCAUGCGCGAUCCUUUUUUGGCGACAGCGCCCACCGCUGAAGCGGCUCGACAAACAUCGAGACCGUGGCGGAACAGCUUCUCGAUGAAGCGUUUCGCCGAUGAACCUCACCUCUGGCAUAACACGAGCAGCAAGAUAGAUGAAUGCGCGGAUAGCGCGCCAAAGGGCUGGGUCUUCUCAAAGCGUAUCGGUCUCGCUGUCGCGCUGUUAGCGGUCAUUGGUACGUGUCGCUCGGCCCGAUUAGACAACACUUACCUUCCCCCGGGCAAUGCGGGCACUGCAGGAGGUGCAGGAUUGAUACAAGCUCCGAGUCGUGGCCAUGGUGGUCCAGGUGGUCCUGGAGGACCUGGUAGACCAGGUGGACCAGGUGGACCAGGUGGACCAGGCGGCCCGGGUGGACCUGGUACAUAUGGCGGUGGAGGUAGUCCCUUUGGCGGCGGUGGCGGUGGCGGUGGCGGAGGGGGUGGUCCCUUUGGCGGCAGUGGAGGAGGUGGUACUUUUGGUAGCGGCGCUGGAGGUGCCUACGGAGGACCUAGUGGAGGCGGUGGUGGUGGACCAAGGGGAGGACCCGGAGCAGGCCAAGAGAUACCUAUCGUCUCGUUCAACAAUCAGAAUAGCGGUGAUGGCAACUACCAAUUCAGCUACGAAACAGGAAAUGGUAUCAGUGCGCAAGAAACGGGUCAACUGCAAGGUAACUCGGAAGCGGUGAGCGGAUCAUACUCGUACACCGGACCUGACGGUGUACAGUAUAGCAUCACUUACACCGCGGAUGAAGAAGGUUUCCAUCCUCAGGGCGCACAUUUACCAACACCGCCUCCGAUUCCGCCGGAAAUUCAACGAGGCGUUGAAUUAGCAUUGGCAGCUGAGGCCAGAGGUGAAAAUCAAGAUACUUCCGGUGGUGGUGGCGGCGGAGGUGGCGGCGGAGGCGGAUACUCUUCAGGUGGAUAUAGUGAGUGUUUCAUCGAUGAUGUCUUGUAUCAAGAAUCCUUAUAUAAACAACAAAAUUAUGUGUAGUACGAAAUUUGGGAUGAAAAUAUUUCUUGGUUACUCUUAUUUUAAUUAAUUAAAUUACUGUUUUUUUUUUUUAUCAACAGCCGGUGGAGGUGCUGGUGGUGGCGGAGGUGGAUACCCUUCAGGAGGUGGAUAUAGUGAGUAUUUCAUCGAUGAUAUCCUGUUUUAGAAGUCCUUGUAUGAAUAAUAGAAUUAUGUGUGAUAGGAAAUUUGGAAAGAAAAUAUUUCUUGGCUACUCUUAUUUUAAAUAAUUAAAUUACUGUUUUUUUUUUUUCAUCAACAGCCGGUGGAGGUGCUGGUGGAGGUGCUGGUGGUGGCGGAGGUGGCGGAGCCGGAUACCCUUCAGGGGGUGGAUAUAGUGAGUAUUUCAUCGAUGAUAUCUUGUUUCAGAAGUCCUUGUAUAA